CCGUACGCUCCCUCUCGUCCCUUCCCGUCAUGCGGCGCUGCUGCCUGCUCCUCCGUUCAGCCGCCAUGUUGUCGGAGUGAAAGCCCGGGGUGUCAGAGAGAAACUGGGGCCGAAAUCCGCGACCAUCCACCCUCUCCGCCGGCUGUGGUGGAAUGAGCAGCGUGUGUGUGUUGAAGAGGAAAGCAGUGCUCUGGCAGGAUUCAUUCAGCCCCCACCAUAGAAGUACAUCUCCCAGCAUGCCUGUGGUGCUGAGCAGCGGAGGACAUGCCCCCCCAACUGGGCAGACCCCUCAGGCCACACCCCCCAGUCAGCAGGGUGUGGCGGGCGCUGGACGUUCCCAGGAUGAUGCCAUGGUGGAUUAUUUCUUCCAGCGGCAGCAUGGCGAACAGCCCGGCAAACAUCGCUGGCCCACUGGAGACAACAUCCACGACAGUCAGGUGCGGUCCAUGGACGAGUUGAACCAUGAUUUUCAGGCUCUGGCUUUGGAGGGACGAGCUAUGGGAGAGGUGAGCAUUCAGCUCCUAACUGGGAAGAAGUUCUGGGAGACGGAUGACUCUGGGAAGGAUGGACCAAAAGGGAUCUUCUUGGACCAGUGGAGGGACAGUGCGUGGGGGGCCUCAGACCACUCCGUGUCUCAGCCCAUCAUGGUGUCCCGUCGGCCAGGCCAGGGCUUUCACGGCGGAGGUGAAGUCGGGGUGGGUUCGGUGAUGUCACCGCGGUCUGAAAGCGGGGGGCUGGGCGUCAGCAUGGUGGAGUACGUCCUGUCGUCCUCACCGGCUGAUAAGCUGGAUCCUUGCCUCAGAAAAGGACCAUAUGGACAGAGGGACGGAGAGGUGGAGGAAGAGAAGAGGGAGAAGCCGAAGACGACGUUCGAGGGAGAGAAACUGAAAGAGUUGACAGAAAGCGAUAGCGAUGUGAUCAACGACGUCAUCAACCCAAACGGGCUGCCGGUGCAGAACGGCCUGGACGUCGACGUGAAGGAGUUUGGUCGCCCCCCUGGCAACAUGCCCCCACCUGGGCCCGAGAGCGACCUGCUGGGCGGUCCCGGAGGGGUGGGAGCCGAAGGCCUGACCCCUCUGGGGGGCGGUGGAGGCCCCAAACCUCCCGACGAUUUCUCCGGGGUGGAUCAAGGUGGCGUCACAAUGGACGCCAUGGAGUCUGUGAUGGAGCCGCUCCAGUUUGACUACAACCCUCAGAUGCCCAUGGACUCUGCACCCACUGUGGGUCUGUUUGAUUACACUAACCAGCAGCAGCUUUUUCAGAGAAACAACGCUCUAGCUGUGCAGCAGCUAACAGCAGCUCAGCAGCAGCAGUACGCACUGGCAGCUGCUCAGCAGCCUCACAUCGGUCUUGCCCCAGCAUUUGUGCCCAACCCUUACAUCAUCAGCGCCGCUCCUCCAGGGACGGACCCCUACGCCGCAGGACUCGCAGCAGCAGCUACUCUCGGCCCUGCCGUGAUGCCGCCCCAGUACUACGGUGUGACGCCCUGGGGGGUCUAUCCUGCCAACCUUUUCCAGCAGCAGGCCGCAGCAGCCAACAAUUCAGCCAAUCAGCAGGCGGCAGGACAGGGUCAGCAGAACCAGCAGCAGGUGAUGCGAGCUGGAGGAAACCAGCGUCCGCUGACGCCCAGCCAGGGUCAGCAGGGCCAGCAGAACGAUCAGCUGGUCGCUGCGGCGGCGGUAAACUCAGCGCUCGCUUUUGGCCAGGGCUUAGCAGCAGGCGUCCCUGGGUACCCGGUCUUGGCACCAGCAGCUUACUAUGACCAGACCGGAGCUCUGGUGGUCAACACUGGAGCCCGGAGUGGCCCUGUCCGCCUGAUGGCCCCUGCCUCUGUCAUCAUAUCACCCUCUGCAGCGCAAGCUGUUGCCGCUGCAGCAGCUUCAGCCGGUGGUGCCAACGGGGGUCUGGGCGGAGGAGCCAACGGUCCGUUUCGUGCCAUGACGUCCCAGCAGCCUCAGCAGCAGGGCGGCCCCGGUGGAGCUCUUGGAGGAAGCUCCUUUUAUGGGUCCUCGUCCCUCAGCUCCUCCUCUCAGAGCUCCUCUCUCUUCUCACAGGGCUCAGGGCAGCCUGGGCCGGGGUCGGCCUCGCUGGGCUUUAGCCAACCUGGCUCAUCCUCUCUCGGUGCCACGCUGGGAGCCACGCUGGGAGGCUUUGGCACUGCAGUGGCCAACUCUAGUGGUGGCAGCGGCUCCAGGCGGGACUCCCUGACAGGAAACAGCGAGCUGUACAAGCGCAACCCCUCCAGCCUCACCCCCAUCGGCCACGGAGGCUUCUACAACGGCACCUUGGGCUUCAGCCCCUCUCCUGGCCCCGUGGGCAUGCCCCUCCCCAACCAGGGGCCAUCCCACUCCCUCACACCCCCGCCCUCGCUGUCCAAUCACAGCUCCUCGUCCAACCUCAACCUUGGGGGCCUGACCAACGGCAGCGGCCGCUUCAUCUCGGCGGCACCGGGAGCCGAGGCCAAGUACCGCAGCGCGGCGAGCUCUGGCUCCUCCCUCUUCUCGCCCAGCAGCCAGCUGUUCCCGUCAUCGCGGCUACGCUACGGCAUGUCGGACGUGAUGCCUUCGGGCAGGAGCCGCCUGCUGGAGGACUUCAGGAACAACCGCUACCCCAACCUGCAGCUGCGGGACAUCGCCGGCCACAUCAUGGAGUUCAGCCAGGACCAGCACGGCAGCAGGUUCAUCCAGUUAAAGUUGGAGCGAGCCAGUUCGGCGGAGCGCCAGCUGGUCUUCAGCGAGAUCCUGCAGGCCGCCUACCAGCUCAUGGUGGACGUGUUCGGGAACUACGUCAUCCAGAAGUUCUUUGAGUUCGGCAGCCUGGAUCAGAAGCUGGCUCUGGCCGAAAGGAUCCGCGGACACGUUCUGUCUCUGGCGCUGCAGAUGUACGGCUGCAGGGUCAUCCAGAAAGCCCUGGAGUUCAUCCCCUCGGAUCAGCAGGUCAUCAGCGACAUGGUGCGUGAGCUGGACGGCCAUGUGCUGAAGUGCGUGAAGGACCAGAACGGGAACCACGUGGUGCAGAAGUGCAUCGAAUGCGUCCAGCCUCACGCGCUGCACUUCAUCAUCGAAGCCUUUAAGGGACAGGUCUUUGCCCUCUCCACUCACCCAUACGGCUGCAGAGUCAUCCAGCGUAUUCUCGAACACUGCCUUCCCGAGCAGACGCUGCCUAUCCUGGAGGAGCUGCAUCAGCACACGGAGCAGCUAGUGCAGGACCAGUAUGGAAACUACGUAAUCCAGCACGUUUUGGAGCACGGCCGGGCCGAGGACAAGAGCAAAAUCGUGGCUGAAAUCAGAGGCAACGUACUGGGACUCAGCCAGCACAAGUUUGCCAGCAACGUGGUAGAGAAGUGCGUGACCCACGCGUCCCGGGCAGAGCGUGCGCUGCUGAUAGACGAGGUGUGCAGCCUGACCGAGGGUCCCCACAGUGCCUUAUACACCAUGAUGAAGGACCAGUAUGCCAACUACGUGGUGCAGAAGAUGAUCGACGUGGCCGAACCCACGCAGCGCAAAAUCGUAAUGCAUAAGAUCCGGCCCCACAUUCAGACCCUGAGGAAGUACACGUACGGCAAACACAUCCUCGCCAAGCUGGAGAAGUACUACAUGAAGAACGGCGUCGAUCUCGGUCCCAUCUGCGGCCCUCCUAACGGCAUCAUGUGAGGCGAUAAAACCUGAAAUCAUGUCUGCCGCCAGCCCCGCCCCCCACCUCUCAGCUCACCUCCAUCAGGCCGUCAGGACCACCGGGUCCACCUCAGCUGCUCUGUCAGACCCUUCCUCCCAACCCCAGCCUCUGAGGACAGCAGGCGGCCUUAGAUUUUUUGUUUUUGUCACCCCUCUCCCAUCUGGUGGAGGCCUGCUGACCUGGGGGGGGGACGCAGCGCAGCGCAGACAGGGGGUGGAGGUAGAGAGGCGUUCCCUGAUCUACUCUUUCCUUUCCCCUCCUUUAAACCCCUCUUUUUGGUUCUUUCUGAUAAACUCUAAAACAUUUCACCUUUUUGCUACUGCUGCAUACAAUCCUGGUCCCCCCCCCCACCCUCCUCCGCCUCGCCCCAGUGAAGAUAUUUACCACUAUGAGCUGGAGUAUUUAAUUUUUCCUCCCCUGACAUCACAGAAUCAUAGACAGAUCCACACAUGCCAUCAGCUUAACCAGCAGACAGAUCAUUUAGCAUGGGAGAUUUGUUUUUCUGGUCUUGCUUCUAUAAAUAUAACGUGUAUACUUGGUGUAGACCUUUGCAUAUAUAUAUAUAUAAAUAUAUAUAUAAAACUUUGUAGUUUUUUCUGGUUUUUGAUGUUGAAUCUGUAUCUAUAAUGUAUCCUAGUAGUGACCACAUACUUCUGACUGUAUAAUUGUACAUUUGUAAACCCUUGUAAUGUAAAAGUGCUUUACCACCCUUUUUUGGUAUGAGAAGUAAAAAAGGAAAAGGAAAAAAAAAAAAAUUCACUCUAGAUAAAAGAAUCUGUGCAUUUCAGUGUAUAUUCUCACCUCAUUGGUUGUGACAUAUGAGUUGUUGUAUAUUGUAAAUUGUAAUAUCAAAUUUUUUUGUUUUUGUUUUGAAGAGCCCUUUCUAUACAGCGUAGUACUUGUACAAAGAUUCGCCACGCUUGGUUUUAUCUUUAUCAUGUCACUGCUUAACUUAAAGACAUCGCUCUCCCACUGACUCCCAAUUGGACACAUUCUGUCAGACUUAGUGGUGUCUUCUGGCUUAUGUUGAAGGUUCUUUUUUGUUUUUUUGUCUCUCUCUCUUUUUCUUUUUUUUCUUUUCUUUUUUAUUAAAAAAAAAAUCUUUUUAUAGGAGCGCUUUACCCCAUGAAAUGUUUGUCUGUAGGUACGGGUGUUGGGGUGGGGAACCAAAUUUUACUGAUUGAAACCCACCCAACUCUUCAGUCACCCUCGGCUGAUUUCUGGGGUAGAUCCAUGGAUUGUACAGAGGAGAUUCUUGUGUUUUUUGGCAUUUUUCUCUAGUGCUGUAAGUGCUGUAUCAUACAUGUCUUUUGGGUGAGAGAGGCAGCCCGCCCACGACGGCGGUGUACAUUUGGAGCAGCCUUGUGUAUAUUUACUACGAGCACACCUGUAACCAUAUGUGUAUAGUUAACAGAACCUGUGUAUGCUUAUUGCCUGGGCAACUAUUUUUUGUAACUCCUGUUGUAGAUUGUCUCUAAACAAUUGUGUGAUCUUUAUUUUGAAACCAAACAAAACAACAAAAAAAAAAACUUUGAAAAUUUAA